AUUGCUUGUGCACUCAGCCAUACCACAUCAAAUAACCUUCUGUGUGGUUUGGUGGACUGCAAAUGUGACUGUCUGAAGAGCUGAGUGGGACUCAUACAGGUGUGUUGCUCAGGGACACAACGUCCGGACAUGGGCUUUUGUCCAACAGCAAGGUGCCAGAAGAUGGAGUAAUUAAGCGGCAGGAUGAUGCAGCACACUGUGGCCAAGCAACGGAGACACGUCGUUCGAGUAGCUGGAUAUCUCUUCCACGACCAGUCUUCCAACCAUCUUUCCAUGACAGAGGAGCUUUUUCUGAAUGCUGCCGAAUAUGGAAACAUUCCUGAAGUUAAGCGAAUACUCUUGGAAAUACAAGACUUCAACUUCAAUUGUGUGAACUACAUGGGCCAGAAUGCACUGCAGCUGGCAGUGGCCAAUGAGCAUUUAGAGGUAAUAAAACUACUACUAAAGAAGAAAAAGCUGGCAAGAAUUGGUGAUGCAGUCUUGUUAGCAAUAAGUAAAGGAUAUAUUCAUAUUGUGGAGGAAAUACUAAGUCACCAGGCAUUUGCAGAUGGGUUUAUGUUAACCCACAGUCCAAGCCAGGCAGACCUACACGGUGACCUCUAUGCCUAUGAUGAAGAUGGCACGCGGUUUUCCCAUGACAUCACUCCUAUUAUUCUGGCCUCCCAGUGCCACGAAUAUGAAAUAGUGCAUAUACUUCUUAUGAAAGGAGCUCGGAUUGAUCGGCCACAUGAAUAUUUGUGCCAGUGCCUAGUUUGCAAUGAACAGCAAAGGCAUGACUCUUUCAGCCAUUCCCAAUCACGCAUUAAUGCAUACAGAGGUUUAGCCAGUCCUGCCUAUCUGUCACUGUCAAACCGGGAUCCUGUCAUGGCUGCUCUAGAGCUUAGUAAUGAGCUGGCUGUUUUGGCCAACAUUGAGAAAGAGUUUAAGAAUGACUACAAGAAGUUGUCCAUGCAGUGUAAGGACUUUGUAGUUGGACUUCUGGACUUGUGCAGGAACACUGAGGAAGUUGAGGCCAUUUUGAACGGGGAUACGGAGUCAUGUCUAACAUCAGGUCGUCAGAAUCUCAUUCGGUUAAAACUGGCAAUUAAGUACGAAGUCAAAAAGUUUGUGGCACACCCAAAUUGCCAACAGCAACUCCAUUUAAUUUGGUAUGAGAACUUAUCCGGUCUUCGCCAGCAAACAACAGCUAUUAAGUUGCUGCUUGUUUUUGGUGUGGCUUUGGGACUGCCUAUCCUGGCCUUGCUGCACUGGUUAGCUCCGUCCAGCAAGUUGGGAAAACUCAUGUGUGGACCAUUUUUGAAGUUUGUGGCACAUGCUGCAUCUUUCAUAAUCUUCCUGUGCUUGUUGGUCCUGAACGGAGCAGACCGAUUUGAGGGCACGUCACUGUUACCCAACAUGACUUUGCAUGAUUACCCCUCACAGCUUUUCCGCAUGAAGACCACCCCUUUCACCUGGAUGGAGAUACUAAUCAUUUCCUGGGUCAUAGGUAAAAUCUGGGAGGAGUGCAGAGACAUUUGGUCACAAGAUAUCCGCGAUUAUGUGACAGAACCUUGGAACCUUCUCGAUUUCAGCAUUUUGACCAUUUUUAUGACUUCCUUCAUGGCCAGACUCAUGGCGUUUUGGCACGCCUAUGCAGCUCAGUGCUAUGUGGACAGACACUACACCGACCUGUCUAACGCAACUUUGCCUUUUGAGAUACAGUAUUUCCAACUCGCUCGGAUCCACUGGAUGCCUUCAGACCCACAGCUAAUCUCUGAAGGACUCUAUGCAAUCGCAGUUGUACUUAGCUUCUCCAGAAUUGCAUAUAUAUUGCCUGCAAAUGAGAGCUUUGGGCCUUUGCAAAUCUCUCUAGGAAGAACUGUGAAAGAUAUUUUUAAAUUUAUGGUCAUUUUCAUAACAGUCUUUGUGGCAUUUAUGGUGGGAAUGUUCAAUCUGUACUCGUAUUACACAGGAGCUAAGCACAACAAUGCCUUUACGACGCUUGAAGAGAGUUUUAAAACAUUAUUCUGGGCCAUCUUCGGCUUGUCUGAAGUGAAGUCAGUGGUUGUAAACAUAGACCAUAAAUUCAUUGAAAACACUGGCUAUGUCCUGUAUGGUGUGUACAACGUCAUUAUGGUCAUUGUCCUCCUGAAUAUGCUGAUCGCCAUGUUCAACAGCUCCUUCCAGGAAAUUCAGGAUGACGCUGAUGUCGAGUGGAAGUUUGCACGUGCUAAACUGUGGUUCUCCUAUUUUGAGCACGGGGGGACUUUGCCUGUGCCCUUUAACCUUAUUCCCAGUCCCAUGUCCCUGGCUUCCCUCUGGUCAAGGCUAAGGAAACUCAUGCAGGAUGUGUCUCCAAGCAAAAGCAAAGCAAACUCCACCUCUGAUACAGAACUGGAAAAGCUGAAGAGACAAGAUGUUCCCACAGUGGAGUCUUUCUAUUCUACCCAUCACCAAAGGAUAAUGAACCGCCUGAUCAAAAGAUACAUUUUAAAAGCACAAAGAGACAAGAGCAGUGGAGAUGUGAAUGAAGGAGCAUUAAAGGAAAUCAAACACGACAUCUCUGGUCUGAAGUUUGAGCUACUGGAACACUCUAAACAUGAUAUGGACAACAUGCAACAGCUCAUCCAACACUUAGGAGAGGCUGGUCUUAUUCACUGAAGGAUCCAGAAGAGGAACAAACUGUUUUGUUUAUCAGUGAGAUCCAUUAAGACACAUGAAGCUGUCUCCCUGUAUCUGUGUGAUUACCUGGCAAACUGAACAAAACCUACUUUUCCCCACAAUGUUGUUAAGCCAUUAAGCCAUUUUGUGUGAUGCAAGUAUCAGUUUUUUAUUAGCUGUAUUCCUUGUCAACCAUAUGGUGGCGCUAAUGAACCCUGUUUUUAUAACUACAGCCUGGUUCAUAUUCAGUAGUGAGUUCUUGGAAAUACAGCCCUCUACCAGCUGGUGCCAGCUCACUUAAAGCGACUACUAAGAAAAUAAAAUAUGUGUUGUGGAGAAGCCUGAAAUGUGGAUCCACAUUUCUAAUGUGUAAUAAAACUCAAACCGUGAUGU